AUGCAAAAGGCAAUGAAAAGCGCAGAAUAUAUAAAAGCUAAUAAUGACUGGUUAGAUGCCCAAGCCAACGCUAAAGCAGCCCAACUUAUAGGGUCAAUAAGGACAAAAAUACAAGCGGAUGAAGACAGUUCAAAUGAAGCUUUAAUGAAUGCUGACUUUAAGAAUGCCUUCGAAGCUCUUCAUAGUAAGGUGAAACUAGUGAACGACUUCUCAUCUGGAAAGAAACUGAAGUCUGAAGGUUUCGACAAAGAGUUAAGAGAAGUAGCACAAAAUAUGACGAAAAUAACAGAUGCAGCAACGAGACAGGCAGUUCAAAGUGCCUAUGACGCCGUUAGAGCAACUGUUGUGGAAAGUCAAGAAAAAGAGUUACAACAGACC